AUGGCGAAGAUAGUGCAGAUUGAAGAACGUACCACGGCCACUGCGCCGGACGGCGAACUCAUCAAAGUCCACCUCAAGACAUGGAUCGUCCUGCUGGCCAUCAAUAUAGUGUCUUUCGCCCAAAUUACAGCCAUCGUCGGCUCGGGCUUCCUGGCAUCGGGGAUUGCCAAGGUGGUGGGUGGUGCUGACAAGACAUUAUGGUUCUCACAAACUAUCAAUGUCCUUACCAUUGCUGUAGCCCUUCCUGUCAGCCAAAUGGCAGACUACUGGGGUAGGAAGUGGAUUCUCGUGGUCCUGACACUGCUUGGGUGUAUUGGCGCUAUUUUGGUGUCCAGAGCCCAAGGCGUCGGUACUGUAAUCGCCGGGUUCACCUUGGUCGGUAUGAAUGUUGGUGCUCAACCAAUUCUUUAUGCUGUGGCUUCAGAGAUUCUACCCAGGAGGCAACGCGGUUGGGCCCUGACAACACUCAACAUGUCCGUUAGUUUCGGUGGUCUCAUUGCUCUGUUGAUGGGUGGUGCGUUGCUGGACGGCGGCAAGGUCGAAAAUUUCAGGGUUUUCUUCUACGUCGUCAUUGGCUUCUAUGCUGUUGCCUUCCUUGGCUGUCUCCUCUUCUACAAUCCCCCGCCAAGAGAGCUUGAAGUGUCACUCACAUUUCAAGAGAAGCUGCGAAAACUUGACUGGCUUGGGUAUGCUCUUUUUACCCCAGGGUUGACACUAUUUAGUGUUGCACUGUCUUGGUCGCAAAAUCCUUACUCGUGGUCCGACGUACACAUACUUGCCACCUUCGUUAUUGGUGUGGUCAUGGUGAUCGCAUUUGGCGUGUACGAGUGGCGCUUCAAAAAGGAUGGUAUUAUGCACCACGAUCUCUUCAAAAACAGGAAUUUUGUCAUUGCCCUCGUUGCUGUGUGGGUGGACGGGCUGUCCUUCUUCACAGCCAACACUUAUUUCGCCAUGCAGUACAGCAUCUUCAAGGGAGCCAGACUUCUGCUCAGCGCCAGCGCAUUUUCGAUGUUGUUCAUUAUUGGCGGUACCGCGUCCAUCCUUUUUGGCCUCUAUGUGGCCAAGUUCAAAUCAGUUAAGAUUCCUGGCAUCAUCGGAUUGGGACUUAUCGUUCUGUUCAAUGUUCUGAUGGCGACAACAACACCGUCAACCCCGGCAGCAAAUUAUUGGGGGUAUGCUGUCUUUGCAGGCCUCGGCCUAGGCAGCGUGAUUCCUACCUUUAUGUUAGCCGCACAGAUGAGCACGCCCCCUGACUUGAUUUCAUUGGCCUCGGGUCUUGAUAUCGUCGCUCGACCUAUUGGCGGCGUUAUCGGACUUGCUGUUAAUACAGCCAUAUUCAACAGCGCCAUGUCAAAAGAGGUCCCUGCCAGAAUUGCAGCUGCAACUAUCCCUCUGGGUCUUCCAACCUCCUCCCUUGGAGACUUGAUUCACGCCUUAACAACGAACGACAUUGCAGCUCUGGCGACUAUCUCAGGAGCCACACCAGGCAUUAUUCAGGCUGCUGGUGGAGCGCUUAUGGGUGCCUAUCAUAUUGCGUUCCGGAAUUGUUGGAUCGCCGCCGCAUUGUUGUGCGUCCCCGGUGUUAUUGUCGCUUGUUUUCUUAUUGAGUUUAAAGGCGAAUUCAAGGCACAUAUUGAUGCUCCUGUGGAGGCCGAGCUGGUCGAGAUCCAAAAGCAGCUGGAGACGUAUCAUGAUGAAAAUGCUGGUGGUAGUGCGGAAAAACAGAGUGAGAAUCUAGCUGCUUAG